UUGCAUAGUACCCAAAAUCACAGAUAGUUUUGCCACUAGUUGAAUCUGGUUGAACCUUUACAUGCAAAUCCGCCCAGUCCUCCCGUAAUUUUGAUAUUCCUUGGUAUAGUUAGUCACAUUGGGUGUUACUGUUUGAUCGAAUUCAAAUUUGAUGGGAGUCAAUUCUUCUAGUCCAUCUAGUGAAAUGAGUGGUGCAGUAACCAACACAAUUCGACAGAGAAUUUCUCAAAACACUGUGGUAAUAUAUUCAAAAACGUAUUGCCCCUAUUGCACCAUGGCUAAAGAGGUUUUUGACAAGUUGCGUCAGCCUUAUGAUCUUAUUGAGUUAGAUCAAGUACAAGACAGUGAACAAAUUCAGGAUGCUCUUGGAAAAAUGACAGGAACCCGAACUGUUCCCAGGGUGUUCAUUAAAGGCCAAUGUAUUGGAGGUGGAACUGAUACCCAAAGCCUAUACAAACGAGGAAAGCUUCAAGAAAUGUUGAAGUAAUGCUGGUUCAUCAUGUUGGUAUUGUGGUGUCAAUACAUGCCAUAUUGUCUUA